AUCAACUCAAAAUGAGGCGUGGAGUCCAGCAAGCAGCAUCAUGACUCAUCCAGUAAGUUUAGAAAUGAAACCGAAAGAAAGCAAUCACAAUCCGAACACAAUUGUUGUCUGAACCGAAACAAAACAUCGACGCCGAACAUUGUGUAUUUUAGUAAAUCUUCAAAUGUCUUCAGACGAGGAUUUCUCAAUUGUAAUUAAUGGUGACACAGACACAAUGGAAGGAAUUCAAGAACAAAUAGUCAAAUAUAAGGAACAACACCGUCUCGUGCUUCAAGAGCAACAGGACUUGGCCACAGGAGUAUAUAAAGUAAAAGACCUAGAACUUCAGUUCCAACGGCGUACAAACAUUCUAAGACAAGCGCUGGAAGAAGAUGAUGCCAGUCAUGCCAAAACGGUUGAAAACGAAACGAUGAGGUUGGCCAGCCUGCGCAGGGAUGAGGUCAGAUUGAAAGAGGAGAUCGACGCAGCGCUGGAACAACAGAGCCAGCUGGAUAAGGAUAACUACCACCUCAGACAGCAGACCGCAGUGUCCACUGCUGUGCCGGAGAAAAGGGUUGUAUUCACUGGAGUGACAGGAAACGAUGCAAAAACACAGAGCUUCGAGAUGAAGCCCCAUGUUGUGUACCCAAUGGAAGGGGGCACUGCACUCAUUACCUUUGAAGAUGAGAAAGUGGCCCGGAAGAUCCUGGAAAUGAAGGAGCACAAGGUGGAGCUGGGAGAAUGCACCAUCACCCUGGAGGCUAAGCCCGUCCAGGUGCUGGUCCCCAGCCUUGUGGAGAUGGACACCCAGAUCUGUCCCCACCGUGUCCUGGUGUCCAGCCUACCCAGCAAGCUGAGAGGGGAGGUUCUGCUGGACAAGCUGGAACUCCACUUCAGCAAGGGGAAGAACGGGGGAGGGGAGGUGGAGGCCACAGACAUGCUGCAUGACUCUGGCAACGUGGUCAUCACAUUUGUCAACGGCCACGUGGCGAAAGGUUUGACGGACCAGCAGCAACAUGAUGUGAACUUUGGGAAGAAAGAGAAGAAACACAAAGUGAAGGUGACUCCGUUCCUGAACGGGAAGAUUACACACUUCCAGACCAGGGUGUCAGAGUGCAGUCACACCGUCCUGCUGGCCGGUGUCCCUGCCGUCAUGGAGCAGGAGAACCUGCAGGACCUGCUGGAGAUCCACUUCCAGAAGAGCAGCAACGGGGGAGGAGAGGUGGAUGCCUUCCUCUACAACCCUCUGGGCCAGCACAGCCUGGCGCUCUUCCAAGAGGAGUGUCCCAUCAAGGACUAGAGAUGGGACUCUGAGAACCUACUCCUCUGGCCCCCUCUAGGCUCUGGUCUGGAACCUGCUCCUGUAGCCCUCUCUAGACCUCCAUGGAGACCUCCCCUACAGGUUUACUGGAGAUUUCUAGUCUGUUGUAAUAUCCCCCUCAGAGAUUCAAUGUUUGUCUUGGGAUUCCUGUUUCAAUGAAUGGAUUGCAUUCAGGUCUGUGCAAUGUGGGAACUAUGAGUCUUGUUGAAUUACAUUCCAAAUAGGGUCAUUUGAUGGGUGUUUAUUACAAAUGAUGAGGUGUUACACAUGACAGGUUGGGGUUGAAGAUAAUUUAUUCAUUGUGCUAAAAAUGUUAAAUCAUAAUUACCUAAGAUAUGUUCUAUCUACUACCUACAUCAGAGGCAGAUCCAACUUAAAGGAUACUUAGGGCAUUUGUUAUUCAUCUAAAUUUGUUAUUUAUAAAUACUUAUUAAACAACCUAUGAAGAAGAUUGUAUAAUAA